UGGGCAGGACAAAAGUAUUGGCGCCCUUUGCAAAACCAUGAGAUGCUUCUCUAAUUUGUGUCAACCUCUGUCCUGUGUCCUUGUGUGUACCACAUUGAGCAUGGAGAAAAGAAGACCAAAGAGCUGUCUGAGGACUAGAGAAGCAAAAUUGUGAGGAAGCGUGGGCAAUCUCAAGGCAACAAGUCCAUCUCCAAAGACCUGAAUGUUCCAGUGUCUACAGUGUCAUCAAUAAGUGUAAAGCCCAUGGCACUGUGGCUAACCUCCCUAGAUGUGGACGGAAAAGAACAACUGACAAGAGAUUUCAACGAAAGAUUGUGUGGAUGGUGGAUAAAGAACCUCGGCUAACAUCCAAACAAGUUCAAGCUGUCCUACAGUCCGAUGGUACAACAGUGUCAACCCGUACUAUCCGUCAGCGUCUGAGUGAAAAGGGACUCUAUGGUAGGAUACCCAGGAAGACCCCACUUCUCACCAAGAGACAUAAAAAAGCUAGGAUGGGGUUUGCCAAAACUUACCUGAGAAAGCCAAAAACGUUUUGGAAGAAUGUUCUCGGGUCAGAUGAGUCAAAAGUAUAGCUUUAUGGGGAAAGACUUCAAAUUAGAGUUUACAGAAAAAAAUGAGGCCUUCUAAGAAAAGAACACGGAUCUCAUAGUCAAACAUGGCGGAGGUUCCCUGAUGUUUUGGGGUUGCUUUGCUACCUCUGGCACUGGACUGCUUGACCAUGUGUAUGGCAUUAUGAAGUCUGAAGACUACCAACAAAUUUUGCAGCAUAAUGUAGGGCCCAGUGUGAGAAAGGUGGAUCUCCCUCAGAGGUCAUGGGUCUUCCAGCAGGACAAUGACCCAAAACACACUUCAAAAAGCACUAGAAAAUGGCUUGAGAGAAAGCACUGAAGACUUUUAAAAUGGCCAGGAAUGAGUCCAGACCUAAAUCCCAUAGAACAUCUGUGGAUAGAUCUGAAAAUGGCAGUUUGGAGAAGCCACCCUUCAAAUCUCAGAGACCUGGAGCAGUUGGCCAAAGAAGAAUGGUCUAAAAUUCCAGCAGAGCAUUCUUGGCGCGCCAGUGGACAGUGGAGGAUGAGGAGGAGGUGGAGAGAGAGAGAAGGAGGAGGGUCAAGAGUUCAAGCAGUGGCUUCGACACCGAGGACGACUUCAGUGCAGUCCCCGACCCACCAGGCCCACCCACCAACAAACAGGAGUCCAACUCCCCACCUGACACCUUUCAGGACUCCAACAGUACAGAGCAGAUGCAGGUGGACUUUAUGGAGAUCCUACGUGUCCGGGAUGAGAAGCGCCAGCUAAGGCGCAUGGAGUCUCUGAGACGCCAGAAGGGGAUCACGGAGGAUGAUGAGUGUGGCAAUAGAGGGGCAUCCAGUGAGGAGCUGAAUAUGGAACAGUACAAACCCACUACCAAAUCACACCAGCCACAAAUGUCGACUGCCAUGAUCUCAAACGGACAUCAAGAAAAUGGAGAACCACCAGAGAAAGACCCCAUUUCCAGGCAACCAUCCAACCCAGCACGAAAGUUUGUCAGUUCUGUCUCAAUUUCUCUCGACAAGAGCCCCUCUACUAGCGGGCGCACAACACCUGCAAGCCCCAUCUCGCCAAUGAACCCAAGGUCACCUCAAGAAAAAUGGGCCUCACCCUGCAAUAGCCCUUCUCCUCAAUCACCUAUGACCCCCAUUCCCAAUGGACAUGCAACACAGGCUUGUGUAAUGAGCUCUUCAGCCAACAAUACAUCUGAGCCGACAACCAAACCUGUCUUCAUCAGGAAGAGCUCCAGGACCAUAUCUUUCAGGAUGAUAAGGAAGAAAGAGGAAGAGAGUUCACCGUUGCAGAGAAGUGCAAGUGUCAGGGUGGCCUCAAAAAAGUUUGACUUUGACAAGAACGAAUCCCCCAAAGAGGACAAAGAACCGUCUUUCCAAAGGAACUCAGCGCAACGAGUGUCAUCUCGGUCCAUCCGGGAGAAAAUGGAGAGACUGGCCCAGGCUGCACAGAAAUCAGAAACCGCUCGAUCUUCCGAUGUGAGCCAGCGCACCUUGUAUCUUGUGGACGAGGUGUCCAAGAAAAGAGGGCUCUUUGAGAAGGAUUUGCAUGCAGCGACCCCAAUAAAACCUUCCAACCAUGGCUCCACAACAGGAACAUCUGUUCAGAUCAAUCCCUGGUUCGGCAAGACUAAGCAGACUGGAUCCAACUCCAGUCCCACGGAAUUGAAACAUGUGGACAUCAGCAGCAAGAGGAGUUUGUUUGAGAACAGGAGCCUUGAAAAUGUCACAAACUCAAGACCAGGAAACAUCUACAAGUGAAAUAUUAUAAAUAUUACAUUACGUCAUAUUCAUUUGGCAAAGUACAACUUUUUUUUUUUGUAACGUAAUUCUUUGUAAAUAUGGAAAAUCAAAGCAUUUCGAUGACUUUGCAUUGUCUCCGCUUUUAUUCAUUUUACAUCUACUUCCGGUAGAAAACAAUCCAAAUAAAACAGGUAGUUUUUCAAGACUGAAAAAGAUCCUGCUGCUUUCAAAUCAGGAAUUGUUUCUGUAAUGUGUCAAUCUUUCAGCACUUCAAACGUGAUGUUGUUAAAUUCAUUUACCA